AUGCAAAUCGAAUCCAAAGUGGCAACUGCUUAUCCAGAACUUGCAGAAGCAGUUGAACUCUUUGAAGGAAAAGGGAGCCAGUUUGAAAAUGUUUUUGAGGAUUACCUAAAGAUUGUUGAUGCAGAACCUGACAGGAUCACCUGGGAAUUCUGUCCGAAUGAUAAACACGUCAAUAGAUUCGGUAAUUUACAUGGUGGACUCAUAGCUGCUGUCAUUGAUGUAUGUAGCAGUUUUGCGAUUAAGCUGUCUAGUGGCAUCAAGUGGAAUUUAAUUGGUAUAUCUGUUGACUUGUCAGUAUCAUAUCUAAGAGGAGUACCACCUGGAUCACCAAUAAGGCUUGUCUGUCAACUUGAAAGAAUUGGAAAUAGACUUGCUACGAUAUAUACAAGAGUUUAUGACAAUGACAAUAAUCUUUGCUACACUAGCACCCAUACCAAAUAUAGAACUGACCCUAAGCUUUGA